CUAAGUGACUAGGACACGUCAGUACGCAACCCCUACUUCCGUGGUACCCUCUGCAAAUAUCUUCUACCAGUAGAGUCGGUAUCAACCAAAGUGUUGCAACCGACGUCAGCACUGGAUGGCAAGUCAUGAAGGAGCAGGAUCUGUGGUCGGUGUAUAACGGGUUAGCAGUGCACAGGAGUAUCUUUGGACUGUGGCACUCGCAGCUCUCAACGACACCUCGAACAUGCAUAGGAACGGCUAAGCGCAUCAGGGAAGGAAUGUGCUUUGGAGUCAAGUCGGCCAUGCAUGUCUGCGGAUUCGGUGUACUAUCGAUCUUUCCACGAAGGAAUGCUUGGAGUUCAUGGACUUCACACCCCAGUCAUCGUGAACCUCCGCACGUUCGGCGUCGUCCUCGUCACCGGCGCCGGGGAGGCUCCGCUAAACACCACCCUCUCCUUCGCCGAAUCCACCAUCCGCCAACUCUCCCUCACUGGAGAUACUCCCAACCCACACUGCACUGCCGCCCUCUAGUGCAAGAUCAUCCCCGAGAACCCCGACUUUGGCAUCCGAGUCAUCCCCACCAACAGAAGCGUCGAGGAAUCCGUCACGAUCCUCAUGAAGACUGUCAUAAACCAUUUUGGACGAGUCAAUUGUUGUACUAACGUCGAAGACGGGGGAAAGUGUAUCGAAAUCCUUGCCUAUACGUACGAAAGACUGGCUCGUACGCGAGCCAAUUACCCACAUGGAGAAACGGUAUCC